AUGCCGGCCCCAAAGCCUGAUCUUCCUCCACUGAAGACACCAAAAUCCUUCACAUUCCCCUCGGAACUACAUAAGGAGUCCAAGACCCUCACCGUCGAUGACAUCAAACGCGAAGAUGGAAGCGCAACACCUAUCACACCCCCACUGGCAUAUACGGACUUCCUCAAUGCACUUACGCCGAUUUUCGGCGGAAAAAUGCGACCGGUCACCAAUUUCCCAGCCGUCUACUACAACGAGUCCCUCAGAGUUGGUGGGGAAAUCGCUCGAGUCGCCAGCUACGCCAGCUAUAUCUCUCCCGCCUCCAUCUCCGCGCACUUCGAAAUCAGCCAAAGCCCCACCCGCGUUAAGACGACUCAGAAUCCCCCAGUCACUAAAGUCAUUUUCGUCAAGGGACUCCCCAAAAACUGCCACUCCGUGCAGCGCAACUCCAUACAGCGCAAGCCCUUACAGCGCGACACCAUGGAGCGCACUCCCGCGCAGCGCGACCAGUCUUCGGUCACCUUUCUCGCCAUCGGAUUGGAAACUCCGAUAUCUUGA